AUGUCUGACUUGCUCCCAUCUAUUCGGCGCUUUGAUCGCACUGAAAUCCCAGAUGAUGUCUGGGAAACUCUACGUGACAAUGCUGCUCGCGCAAAUGUUAUCCUUCCACACGCCAAAAAGGUUUUCGAUGACCAAGACUCCUUACCCGGUUCUGAGCAGCUUUGGCUUGUCUACUCGAAGCCUGGAACUUCCAACAUCAAAUUGAUCCUAUCCUGCACAGAGGGACCACAGGGCAAAUACCCUAUUUUCAUCGUUCCCACAGCUCCCAUCGCUGAAUUGACCCCCGAGCUCCUUCAAAGCGCUAUGGAGGCGUUUUGCAAGGCGCUUCUAGACGGAGCUCACUCCAGGAAGCAGAGAGUAUUCUCUGUCUUUUCUGUGAAACCAGUCGCCGAAGCGUUCGCUAGCGCAUGGAAGACGCUCACACAGAUCAAUUGCAUCCCGAAACCAUAUUAUGAUGCAAUUUUCAUGACGUGUUCCCGCGAGACAUUGAUCCGCGCUGCCCCUCCCACAGAGGAUGAGGUGAUCGAGCUGCGUCGAGCUAUCUCACAGGAUGCCGACAAGAUUGCUGUACUUUGUGAAAAAUUUCCGGGACUUCGGUACGAUCCAUUCGUCCUCACCCCCGAACAAGCCUCCCAAGAAGCUGCGCUCUUGAUUGACAACAAUCAAGCCUGGGUAUACGAGGUCCGAGAGUCCAAUGAUGAAACCGACAUUGCGAGCAUUGUCGCUGUGACACGGGACUCAACAACCGUUGCGGCCAUCACGAAGGUCUACACGCCAGACAUCUGGAGGGGUAAGGGCCGUGCCGAGAGAUUGGUUCGCCGUGUUUGCAGAGAGUUGCUGAAGACGCACGAGCAAGUUGUCUUGUACGUCGGCGUCGAUAAUCACGCCAAGAAAGUGUACGACCGCGUGGGCUUCCAGGGUCUUAGUGAAGGGUUUCCUACAAUUGAUGGAGCGGAGCACUGGGUUGAAAUUGGUUUUGAUAGAGCCGAAGUUACACUCGGCCACUGGUAG